GCAGCGCCGUCAAAAUGUUUCAGAUAGGGGUAUCUUAUGCUCUUCAAGAUAUUAUACGGCUUAACCAAACACAUCUCAGAUUGCGAGUAGAAUUUCAGAGUCCUCACUAGCUGAUCAGAUUGUCUACACAAAGCUACGGAAACGUAGUGCGGUCUUCAACUUACUUUUUCCAAUGCUGUAGUGGAACUCAUCUUCAUAUGCAGAGCAACGCGUUCCCCGCGAACAUCAACAAAUAUGGGAAUGCUUGGAUAUUCUUUCAUUGAUCUGACAAAGGAGCAAGCGCACGCUCGCCGAUUGCUUCUUGAUCGGUACGGCUUGAUAGCGCAGCUGUCGCUUUUCUUUGUCCUCGUCACCAUCCAAAUCUACCACUUCUUGGCAUGGCUUACUCGAAGGUGUGGAGAAGUUGAUAUAGAGAGAACACCGAGCAGUCCAUAUCUAAAAGCCGGGAUCGAGAAUGACAAGUUGUCGUGGAAGACAAAGGCGAAACGCUGCUCCGCCAAAAUCCGGUGGUGGAUGGACGACGAGGUUGCGAGUGAAUGGGGGAAAAAAGGAGAGUGGAUUGGGGGUGCUCUGUGGAUGAGCUGGCUUCUUACUUUAUGCUUUAGAGAAACAGGAGAGGACUAUAUGCAUCUCACCAAGCGCUUCGGAAUAGUAGCAGCAUCCCAAUUACCGCUGCACUAUUUACUAGCCAUGAAAUCCUCAUACUCACCACUCCAGAUGCUGACAAGGCUAUCUCACGAGAAUCUUAUUUCCGUGCAUCAGGUUCUUGGGAAGAUCAUUCAGUGUCUUUUCACCUUACAUGCAGCGUUUUACCUCAACUUCUUUGUUCAAGUCAAUGUUUUAGCGAAGCGAAGCAAGGACAGGGACGUGAUCCUUGGUAUGGCCUGCAUUGCGAUCAUUACCAUCACUUCCACUGCCGCACUCAGAGUGAUAAAGACCUGGAACUAUCGCUUGUUCUACAUGAUUCACGUCGCAUCUGCGACCUUGUUCCUGCCUCUGGCAUACUUCCACGUCAACCACAUUCGGCCUUAUAUUCUCGAAAGCGCCUGCAUAUAUGCUCUUCAUCUCAUCCUAAGCCUUCUUUAUCGUCAGAAGCAAAACGGAAGUAUUGGCCUCGUUCCAGGAACAGAUCUCGUGGAGAUCAAAAUUCCACUUAAAGGAGGCACCUCUCACUUCAGGCCUGGUCAGCAUGUCUACUUCUCCCUUCCACAAGGCUAUCCGGGAUCAUCUAUCCCGAACCUGUUUCUAAAGAAUCCGUUCACAAUUGCAAAUCUUCCUCAGAAAGAUGGACACCUUCUCUUGGUAGCACGAGCCUUGAGAGGUAACACAAAGAAGCUCGCUAAACUUGCGCACAAGUCAAACUUUCAGGUCCCUAGCGUCCACGGUACGUUACCUUUGAGAAUCGAAGGACCAUAUGGUGCAUCGUCGUACUUGCCCGAAUUUGCUAGCUUUGAUCGCAUUCUCCUCGUCGCAGGCGGUGUUGGCGCAACGUAUGUUAUUCCCCUGUGGCGUACUAUACUUCGUCUCAAACGUCAUCAAAACCAGCAUCUUGAUGCAGACAUUAAAAUGGUUUGGGCUGUGCGAAGACUCUCGGAGACAACCUGGGCUUUACCUCUUCCCGAGGCUGAGGCUGCGGAAACCAAAUCUGACUCUAAAAUGGAGGUUGAGGUGUAUGUAACUGGGGCUACUGCUGAUUCGCUUGUAUCUGGAGCCAGCGACUCAAUGGAACUUGCUGACACAGCGACGCUUGUUAAUCAUGGCAGUGAGGAAUUGAUCACACGACAAGGCAUUGCAGUUAAAUACUCUAGGCCGAAUCUACAUGAUAUCGUAGAAGAUACGUUCAGCGGCCACGUUGGACAGGUUGCUGUGCUUACAUGCGGACCUGCUGGCAUGUUGAAGCAGUUGAGACGUGAGGUUAGAAAACAGGUCUGGCGGGGGAAAUAUGUCUUCUGGCAUGCUGAAGAAUUUAGUCUCUAAAAUAGCCGAUCACAAAGACUCAAUGUCGCCUCGCAAGGACUCAUUACAUUUAUGAUGUACGUUCAGUAUGAAUUGUUUCUCGUCAGUCAUAAUAUAUACAGUGGUAUCAUCGAAAUAUACACAAAGUCCAAGCUUUCGACGGGAUCAAGCAUAACGAAGCUGAUUGGUGUGGUUUGACAUACUCGGGGCAGCAGU